AUGUCUGUGGUCGACGAUAAACAGUUCUUCUCAACAUACGCCCAGCUUAUACGCUUACUGAGCGAUGCUGCUCCUGAGACCUUCCAUUCCACCGAGGACUACCAUAAAUUGACUUCGUUGGGUCCUUCGCUACCCCAACUUCCCAGGGGCUUCCCCAAGGCCACCAAGGCUGCUGGAGAGUCCACGAAGCUCAAUUUUAAAAGCAUCAAACCACCUUUCAAGUUCACCGCGUCGUUGGACGUGCCGCUUGAACUGACGGUGUUCAACAUCAAAAGCGAACUUGUGGAAUCGGUAGACACGUUGAAGAACGCUGGAGCGGUGCCAACCAACUUGAAGUUGAUGCUCAAAGCAAAGGUGCUUACGGACUCUACGCAGAUCAGCUCCGUGGCCAAGGCAAACGAGGAACUCGCCAUCACCGUCAUGGUGUCUCCACCCACUACAUCUACAGAAUCCAAGAGCCCCGAACAGCCCGUACCAGCAUCUUCUGCUUCUGAGGACCCAGACGAGGCCGUCCUCGAGCCUGUGGUCACAGAGGCCACGUGGACGAAAAUCGGCCUGCUUUUGGCCCUCGACAUCGGAGCGGAAAGGGCACAAAAGGCAGUGGAGCUGUUCAAGGGCACUCUCUGA